AUGGAUAAUAAACAUAAUGAUGAAAUAAAGACAUUAGGAUUUUCUCUUUGUUAUAAGAGUUGUUUAAAGAAUAGAGAUGCAAUAAAAACAUCUCAUAUUCAUCAUACUCUCUAUCCAUGUAUGGAAAAUUGUGCAAUCAAAUAUAAAAGAGUAGUAGAAAUUGUGAUGAAUUGA